AUGGGAACGCCUCUCGGACCAGUGAAAAUAAACAUUGGGGACAAAAUCAAGGAUCAGUUUGUAAUAAAGAAGAAAAUUGGUGAAGGAGCAUGCGGACAGGUCUAUCUGGUCCAUCUAAGUGGAAGAGCUGCUAUGAAAGUGGAACCAUUAAUGAAAUGUAAAGAGGAUGAAAUUCUUAAAAUGGAAAUUUUCGUGCUGAAGAAAAUUCAAAAUUCCCGUCAUGUUUGCCGAUGUUUGGCGUCGGGAAAAACCGAUUCUUAUACAUAUGUUGUGAUGAGUUUACUAGGAAAAGAGCUAUCCGAAAUCAGACGUCGUCUGCCAAAUCGUAAAAUCAGCCUACCAUCAACAUUAAGAAUAUCUAUACAAGUUGUCAGGGCUCUCCAAGACCUUCAUGAAGCUGGAUUCGUCCAUCGUGAUGUGAAACCAAGCAAUUUGGCCAUGGGUCUUUAUAAUACACAGGUAGUCUAUGUAUUCGAUUUCGGAUUGGCUCGUCAAAUACUAAUCCCAGAUAACACAGGCAAAUUAAAAUUACGUGAACCAAGAAAUAAGGUUAUGUUCCGUGGGACGGUUCGGUAUUGUUCAUUGAAUGUGCAUCAAUAUAAGGAACAAGGACGGCAUGACGAUUUGUAUGGUGCGCUCUUUUCAAUGAUCGAAUGUUUAACGGCCACCCUUCCAUGGAAAGGUAUGGUACGAAAGGAGGCAGCGAAAGUUAAAGAAAACACAACUGACGCUGUUUUAUGUAAGGGAUGUCCGCCUUCGUUUUUGGAGAUGGCCAAAACUUUGCGAAAACUUACUUAUCACGAUGUUCCUCCUUAUAAGAACUAUAUGGAGAAGUUAAAGCAAGACUUACCUCAUAAGCUCAAAAUGACGGACCCUUAUGAAUGGAAUAAACCUGGCGAAAAAGCAAGCGAAGGUGAUGCGGCGGCAGUCAAGAGCGACCGUGCAGAGGAUGGCAAUAAGGAUAACAACACCGUAAAUGAAGUUGAUGAAAGUGUGGUAACCGAGGAAAGGAACACAAGUACGAAUACGGAGGAAGAUUUCGCCAAGGAAGAUACUCUAGAAGGGCUCUGA